ACUUGACUUCAUGGUACAAAAAUUAUGUGUAUAGUGAUUACAGACUGUUGAAGUUGACACAAAAAUUGUGUGUGUGUUUGUUUAUGUAUAUAUAGGUGUGUUUUGGUGAACCAUUUUGCUUCAUUGGUUUAGUAAUAAUUUUAGCUAUGGCUAAUGAAUUUAAGCAUUUGGUUUUGGUUAAGUUCAAAGAAGAUGUUGUGGUGGAGGAUAUUCUAAAAGGGUUGGAAAAACUUGUCCAAGAAAUGGAUAUUGUCAAGUCAUUUGUUUGGGGAAAAGAUGAUGAAAGCCAUGAGAUGCUGACACAAGGUUACACACAUGCUAUUAUAAUGACAUUCAAUAGCAAAGAAGACUAUAAAACUUUUGCAAGUCACCCAAAUCAUGUUGAAUUUUCAUCCACUUUUGCCACUGUGAUUGACAAGGCUGUGUUGCUUGAUUUUCCUGUUGUUUCUGUCAAAGCUCCUGCUAAUUGAUCAUCAGGAUGUACAGAUCAAACCGUCAAGUCAAAUAAAAAUUAAAAAAACUCAAGUUCAAUGAUCAUAUAUGAUCAAUAAUGACACACAAAAAAAAAAAACUAGUACUAUGUGUGUGUGUUUAUGUUUCAAUGUGGUUUGAUUUGUUUAGGAUGUUUUCUUUUUGUUGUUGUUUGAGGUUUAAGUGUGUGUGUAUGUGAACAUUUUUAUUGUCUUUGCUUCCAAACUUGUGGAUGGUUUAAGACAUGUAAUGUAUCACUAUGAAGUAUCUUGAAAUAAAUUAAGGCUUAAUAUAUA